CUGAGGCGGGUGUCGGAAAGCCAUAGAUGUGGCGGCGCCGGCGCCAAACAGCGACGCAAGAGACGGGCAGCAGACAGGGAUGGACAACCCAGCUCUCCCCAGCCCUCUCGUGACCCUGAAUGCCCGUCCCUUCAGAACUUGUGUGGGAUCUACAUACCCCUGUCUCGAGCGCACCGCACCGCACAAUUCGAACUUCGCACUCUGCCGCCGGCGUCAGAUUGCUGACCGCAAAGCCCUCUUGGUAUAGGCAUUAGAGAGGAAGAUACCCGUCGUCCAAUCCGUUCGCGUCGUGUAUGAAAAACCCGUGUACCGUUAGUGACAGAGAAGGCGAGCGAGAUGGACGACUUCUUCCGCACCCAGCAGAGUCCCCAGGGCGAGGCCCAGGUGAGCAACGCGUUUGUCUCGCCGCCUCGCAACGGGCCUCUGCUGCCGCGCCGGUUCACCACUGAUUCCGGUCGUGUACCAACACUGUCAUCGAUUACCACGAUUCCGCGCGCUGCCGAGCCGCAGGAUUUUGCUACUACCACGACCCUGCAUAAAGUUCAACUGCUAGAGAAGAAGAGAUUAGACUACGAGCGGCUUCGGGAGCACAAGCGGCGCUUCGAGGCCGAGAUUCAUAAGCUGGACGCCCAGCAGCGACAGGAGGAGAGGGAACUCCAGCAAAUGCAGGAGGAUAUAAACGCCAGGUUCGGUGGGCAUCAAUCCGAGCCAACAACACCCCCUGAAUACCGCGAGACUUCCGGGUUCCCAUCGAUAUUCUCUCGGCCGAAUCGAUAUUCAACCUCGAGCCUCACUUCACCUCCCGGCCUGUUCAAUCGCCCUGCUCGAUCCGGCUCACUGCUCACCUCGCCUCUAUCCGGGACUCUCCCUUCUCGAUUCGCCUUUGAUGACCAGCUCCCGUCGCGCUCAGUGCCCGGUUCACGGAGGAACAGUGACGAGGACGAGAAGGAAGAGGCGGUUCGCCAGGAUCCCACAAGCCAUCGCUCAACGAACGCGCUCAAUCGAUAUUCUAUGCCCGUAACCCGGUCUCGGACCUACUUGGGCGAUAUCGGGCUGGAGGACAGCAACAAUACGACCGGUUUCCUGUUUGGAGACGAAGAUUCGAACGUGGGCGAAACUAGAACGACUCCCACGGCUCAGGUUGGUAACAACGACGCCUUCCCAUCCUUAUUUCGGCAGCAAACAUAUUCGUCAAUGAGCAUGUCUACCAUCGGCUCCACGCAGCUCAACGGGGCGCCUUCCGUCGGCUCCCCGUCUGAGGCUAGCACUAUCGGCAGUCGCGCCAGCGUUCGUCACUCCAUCGAUGGCAUGAAGUUCCUCCCGGAGACGGCAGCGGCUACGUCGGAUACCUCGGCAUCCUCGGUUGUUUCGCCGCCCACGACUCACAUCUUGGCUUCCCCCCCUAAGCUCCAGCAGUCCUAUUCUGCCAACGACGUUCCCACUGUUAAGACCAAUGGCUCGUCGGGCUUGGGUGCCAACGCGAACAAUCAUGCUCAGCAGCAUUUCCAUAACCACAACGCUAGCCUUGGUCGCAUCCCCGCUGGCGCCAUGCCGACCCGCCACAGCCGUGAGCUCUCGGCCGAUGCGUCCUUGGCCAGCGCUCGCGAGCCUGCCAGCUACCCGUCCAUUACGUCGACGCUGCAAGCUAGCGCUCCUCCCUUCGGCCCUGCUCUUACUCAGCCUCAGUCUUCUGCUCCUGCUGCCGCGGCCGUCACUGCGCCAACUGCGGCGAUUCCGUAUCCGUUUUAUCCCCCACCCGCGGGAUACAAUCCCAUGAACGGAAAUCCCAUGAACGGUUCUCCUGCCGGCUACAACAAUCUUCCCAUGCUAAUGCAGAACCUGUCUGUCGGCAACCCGAAUUCUUCCCCUAUGUAUUCGCAGCAAAACUUCACCGGCUAUGCCCCUCUCUAUAGCCCGGCACCAGCUCCUCGCCAGUCUCAGGACAGCCAAGCUCGAGUCAUUCAGAGCCGCCGCCAGAUGGACAGCGAAGCCAUGGCUCGCUUCAACAAUCUGCCUCUUGAGCAGGUUGGCGGUACGAUUUACUCCCUGUGCAAGGACCAGCAUGGGUGCCGCUACCUGCAGAAGCAGCUCGAGAACCGCAUCCCUGACCAGAUUCAUAUGAUUUGGCUCGAGACCAACCAGCACGUUGUUGAGCUGAUGACUGAUCCUUUCGGUAACUAUCUGUGCCAGAAGCUGCUCGAGUACUGCAGCGACGAUGAGCGCACCGUCUUGAUCCAGAAUGCAUCCGCGGAUAUGGUGCGAAUCGCAUUGAACCAGCAUGGUACUCGAGCCCUCCAGAAGAUGAUCGAGCAUGUGACCACGCCGGUUCAGGUGAACAUCAUUAUUGAGUCUCUUCGCCACCAGGUUGUCGAGCUCAUCCAGGAUCUCAACGGCAACCACGUCAUUCAAAAGUGCCUGAACAAGCUGAGCGCGGCCGACGCCUCGUUCAUCUUCGACGCGGUCGGCAAAAAUUGCGUCGAAGUCGGCACCCACCGCCACGGCUGCUGCGUCCUCCAGCGCUGCAUAGAUCAUGCCGACGGUGCACAGAAGGUCUGGCUGAUCGAGUGCAUCACUGCUCAUGCCGUUGCCCUCGUGCAGGAUCCGUUUGGAAACUACGUUGUCCAGUACAUUAUCGACCUCAAUGAGGAGAGCUUCACCGAGCCGGUCGUACGCCAAUUCCAAGGCCGCAUCAUCGCGCUCUCCAAGCACAAAUUCAGCUCCAACGUUGUGGAGAAGUGUCUGCGCUGCGCUUCCGAGCAGUCCAAGGACAUGAUCGUCAACGAGCUCUUGACUGCUGGUGAGAUGGAGCGCCUGCUCCGCGAUUCCUUCGCCAACUAUGUCAUUCAGACGGCUCUUGAUUACGCCACCCCGGUCAUGAAACAUCGUCUGGUUGAGACAAUCCGCCCGAGUCUCCCAGCCAUCCGCGCGACGCCUUAUGGCCGCCGUAUCCAGGCCAAGAUUCAGGCCUACGAUUCUCGUAGUGGUUCGAACACCAAUGGACAGGCAACGCCUGUCGAUCCCUCCGGUGGCCAGUCCUCUGUUCGCCCGAGCCACAAUCGCGCCCUGUCCAACAACAACACCUCGAUUCUCGCUGCUGGAGGGUACACCAAUGGUGUCAACGGUGUUAACGGCAUCAAUGGCGCGAAUGUGAAUGGCGCCCGCGGUGCGGUUGCUGCAUUCCCGAGCAGUGGUAUGGUUGCUGUUCCUCCUCCGCAAGCUCAGGCUCCGCCGCCGCCGCCGCGUGCACAGCAAUUUCCACCCCAGUUCCCCAUGGGCGCUGGAAAUGGGAGCGGCGAGACUCAGUGGCUCUAACCCAGCGCCGUGUAGCAGAGCCAUCUGGCUUAGGAUGGGCGUUACAAGAAUUGGGCCUGGUUUCCUGCGUUAG